AUGGAUGACAGGUUCAACAGAAGCCGCGCGGCAGAGUUGUGUUCCACUGUUCCGAUUCCCCACAAAUUUUCUGAUGCUGAGGUAGCACAAAAGCAUCGGGCUCGAGAGUUGCUUGAUCGAGCUCUUCAAACGAGGAGAGAUCGCAAGGACACAGAGGCCAAUCACCAGCGUCGUCAACGACAGCGUGCCGUUUUGGAGCAGCUCUGCAACAAAUGUUUUUCGAAGGAGAUCCAAGACGAUCCUGGUCCAGGUGAGAGGUUUUGGACACGUCACGCAUUCUCGGCAAGAAGUCGGCAUCGUAUUGAGGAUGGAGCGGACGUUGUACGUGGAGUCCGGUAUGGGGGCAAGCAUGAGGUUCGGCCAACUCUGCUUCAUCGAGAACUCACCGCUCGAGCUCCAGCACAUAUAGAUGACUCAAUCAGAGCUGUCCUGCGUGGCGGGAGCGAGCAGGACACGUCUUCCACACAUGCUUCAAAACCGUUCAUCGAGAGCAGUGGCUGUCAAGGAGUUGGCGUCAACUUUGAGUGGAGCGAACCUUAUGUCAUGGCCUACAACAGUGCCUCUGCAGGCAUCGAGCGCCAGGACAAGUGGUGCAUGCAAAAUGAUCUUUCCGGCAGUCUCCCGGUUCCAAAGGUGAGAACCAAGCAUGGCCACGACGAGACAGAACUGAAAAUGAUGAAUUCUGCCGCCGUCAUGGAGAGCUUGGCGGGAGGCGGUGUAGGCGUUGCCACCAAGAUCUUGGGCUUAAUGGAACGAGGUGCUCCUCCGGAUCACAUCAGCCAGUUUGCCGCGAUGGCCAAGGCCACCGCUUUCGAGAUGCCCAAGGAGAUGGCAUUGGAGCUGGUCCAGUGCCUUGCAGAUGCCGCCAUCCAAGCAGAGCAAGCAGAGCAAGCGGAGGCUCAGGCCCUGGAGGCUGUCGAAAGCCUCCGCACUUGCGCGAUGUCCUUGUUGGCUUCUGCCGCGGUCAGAGCUCGAGAUGCAGACAGCUUGGACUUCCCUCUUUGCGGCCUCGAGACGAUCGCCAAGACUGGUCUCGGCUGGAGCGCCUUCUCCAACAUGUUCUUGGUCGCCGUCUUCGUGCAGCUGCAGCGAUGCCACCAGGAGACUCAGCUCCAAAUGUCGCUUGAAGCAGCAGGACGAAUCAGCAACGUUUUCGUUUGGGCAGCGCAGAGUCAUGGAGACCUCGUCGGCAAACUUGCGCCGGCCGGCAGACGUGUUGCAGGGGCUGCACAUCGGACUCUGAGUGAGGUAAGUGGACAUAGGAUUGAUGAUAGCGUGCUGGCCAAGCUAGCGCUGCUUGAAGCUCUUGUCGUUAGAGCAUGA